CACCUCACCACCCAGUUCACGGAAGCUGGAAGUUUCUUGCUUCCUACUGUCCGCCCCUUUUCUUAUUUAACCAUACUACAAAGAAGCAGUGUUUGGAACCAAGGGAAAACAGAGAACGGUUUAGCUAUCCUUACUCAAAGGAGAAGUCCUUUUGUGUGCGUGUGUGUGUAAAAACCUUUUCGCGGUUGUGUACGGAAAGCGGCGGGGGCAGGACGCAAAGUUUACACCUCACUCCAUCUGAAGAUGUUAGCCUCAAAUCUCUCCGCUGAACUCCAUGAUGACCACGCACAAAAAAUGGACAAAUACCUGCACCAGUUCCGCCUGUCAGACAAGACUUUGAUGGAGUUGUCAGUGAGAUUUCGUCGAGAGAUGGACAAAGGCUUAUGCAGAGACACAAAUCCCACAGCCGCCGUCAAGAUGCUGCCAACGUUUGUGCGUUCCACUCCUGAUGGAACAGAACAAGGCGAGUUCCUGGCUCUCGACCUCGGCGGAUCCAACUUCCGAAUCCUGCUGGUCAAAGUGAAGGGCAACGGCGACCAGAAGGUGGAGAUGGAAAGCCAGAUUUAUGAUAUUCCUGAGCUCGUCAUGAGGGGCAGCGGCUCUGAGUUAUUUGACCACAUCGCCGACUGUCUGGCUAAUUUCCUGGAGAAGAUGGGGAUAAAGGACAAAAAGCUUCCUCUGGGUUUCACCUUCUCGUUUCCCUGCCAGCAGACCAAAUUGGAUGAGAGCGUUCUGAUUUCUUGGACCAAAGGCUUCAGGCUAAGUGGAGUGGAAGGGAAGGAUGUGGUCAGCCUUCUGAGGAAGUCCAUCAAAAAACGAGGGGACUUCGACACGGACAUCAUGGCAGUGAUCAGCGACACGGUGGGAACCAUGAUGACCUGCGGCUUUGACGACCGUCACUGUGAAAUUGGCCUUAUAGUGGGAACGGGCACUAAUGCGUGUUACAUGGAGCAGAUGAGGAACCUCCAGCUGAUGGACGGAGACGAGGGGCAGAUGUGUGUAAACACGGAGUGGGGAGCGUUUGGAGACGACGGCGCCCUGGAGGACCUGCGCACCGACAUCGACCGGGAAAUCGACGCCGGCUCGCUGAACCCUGGCAAGCAGCUGUUUGAGAAGAUGAUAAGCGGGAUGUACAUGGGGGAGCUGGUGCGUCUCAUCUUGGUGAAGAUGGCCAGAGAGCAGCUGUUGUUCCAGGGACAGACCACGCCACAGCUUCUUACCUCUGGACGCUUCAGCACCAACUACAUCUACGCCAUUGAGAGCGACAAAGCUGAAGAAGGUCUGGCUAGCGCCGAGAAGGCGCUCCGCAGCCUGGGCCUGGACCCGUCCGCUGAAGACUGCGCCGCCACUCAGAGGAUUUGCCAGAUCGUUUCCACCCGGGCCGCACACCUGUGCGCCUCCGCCCUGGCGGCGGUGAUGCGACAGAUCCGGGACAACAAAGCGGCCGAAAAGCUGCGCAUCACCAUCGGGGUGGACGGCUCGGUCUACAAGGGUCAUCCAGAAUUUCCCAGGAAGCUCAACAAAAUGGUGCGGCGCCUCGUGCCAGACUGCGACGUGCGCUUCUUGCAGUCGCAGCACGGCAGCGGGAAAGGCGCGGCCAUGGUGACGGCGGUGGCCUACCGACUCGCCGCCCAGCACGCCGAGCGGCAGCGCGUCCUCGGCACCCUGCGGCUGAGCCGGGAGCAGCUGCUGGAGGUGAAACGGAGGCUGACGGCGGAGAUGGCGCGGGGUCUGUGCAAGCAAACGCACGACCAGACCAGCGUCAAGAUGCUGCCGACGUACGUCAGGUCCACCCCGGACGGAACGGAACGAGGAGAUUUCUUGGCUUUGGAUCUUGGCGGAUCCAGUUUCCGUGUUCUUCUCGUUCGACUGAAAAAUGAGAAGAAGCAGAAAGUGGAUAUGCACCAGAAGAUCUACAGUAUCGAUCAGGACACUCUGCAGGGCACGGGGGAAGAGCUCUUCAACCAUAUUGUGUACUGCAUUGCUGACUUCCUGGACUACAUGGGAAUGAGAGGGGCGUCCUUACCUCUGGGGUUUACGUUCUCUUUCCCAUGUGAUCAAACCAAGCUGGAUGAGGGAAUUCUUCUGAAGUGGACGAAGGGCUUCAAAGCCAGCGACUGUGAGGGGAAAGACGUCGUUAAGUUGCUGAAAGAGGCUGUCCAGCGCAAACAGAAAUUUGACCUAAGCUUUGUAGCGGUGGUGAACGACACGGUGGGGACCAUGAUGACCUGUGCCUAUCAGGACCCCAAAUGUGAGCUGGGCCUUAUUGUAGGCACAGGGACCAACGCCUGCUACAUGGAGGAAAUGCACAACAUUGAAACGGUGGAGGGAAAUCAAGGCCGCAUGUGCGUCAACGUGGAGUGGGGAGCAUUCGGCGAAAACGGUGAACUGGACGACUUUUGCACAGAGUUUGAUCGUGCUGUCGACGAGUCCUCCAACUACCCUGGGAAGCAGAGAUAUGAGAAGAUGAUCAGUGGCAUGUACCUGGGAGAGAUAGUGAGGCAUGUGCUGAUGGAUUUCACCACCAAAGGUCUGCUGUUCAGGGGCAAAAUGUCGGAGCGGCUGAAGACCAGGGGCAUCUUCGAGACCAAGUUCCUGUCACAGGUUGAAAGCGACCGGCUGGCCAUGCGUCAGGUCCGCUCCAUCCUGCAGCACCUGGGCCUCACCGGCUCCACGUGCGACGACAGCGUCCUGGUGAAGGAGGUGUGCAGCGUCGUGGGUCGCCGUGCAGCGCAGCUCUGCGGCGCCGGUUUGGCCGCUCUUGUCGACAAGAUCCGGCAGAACCGCAACCUGAACCAGCUGUCCAUCACGGUGGGAGUGGAUGGUACCCUUUAUAAGACCCAUCCACAUUUCUCGAGGAUCAUGCAGGAGACCCUGCAGGACCUGGCCCCGCAGUGCGAGGUGACGUUCCUCAAGUCGGAGGACGGCAGCGGGAAAGGAGCGGCGCUCAUCACGGCCGUGGCCUGCAGGCUGAAGAGCGAGCAGCUGCUGUGAAACCUGCAAAAACCUCUUACUGUGGGUCGACGCGCGCUUCUGUUGAGUCGGUCGUCAUUCUGCAGUCUUUAGCGUUUUGUUUCGACGUGAGCGCGUUCACACGAGGGCGUGCGUUUAGCGGCACGAGGCGAAGCUGUGACGGAGGUUCGUUCGGGUGCAAGCUGAGCUGGGAAAUCACAGCUCUGCUGGUAACGAACCCGCACCUUCAGUGAGACCCCACUGUUACGAGCUCCUUGCUUUUGCUUUACACUCCGUCGUUGUCUUUUACUUUUAUAUUAGUUCUGUUUUUUUUUGGAUGAAACUUUUACUGUCUGGCAAGUUUAGAAAAGCACAUUCCUGAACCAAAGAGAAGCAAACCAAUACAUUCAGCAGGUAAAUGAAGCAAUAGUUUUUCUUUUCUUUCAUUCUUUGUCAUUUUAUUUAAGUUUUAAAGCAAUUUGACUUUGUUACAGGAAGCUUCAGAAAAUAUGCAAAAUUGUGAUGAAAUGUUUUUAAGCGAUGGUAUGUUUUUAAAAUUUAAACACUAGCCACAGAUCGGAAACAUGAAGAUGUUUUAGAAAUUGCUGAGGCUCCACAUAACCGGAGGUAUAAAUAAUUCAUGCUGUGCAGUUGUGAUUGUAGCAAGCAUAUUAUGAUGGGCUGUGAAAAAUAUCAACUCCAAAUAAAGUGAGAAAUUGCCAGUGUC